CCUACACACCUUCUGAGCACACAAUUAAUAAUCACAAAUAUUCAAUGGAGCUGCACAUUGUUCAUCAACGAGCAGGUGACCAAAAAUACGCAGUGGUGGGGAUCCUAUAUACAAUUGGCCGACCUGAUACUUUUCUUUCCAAGAUGAUGAAAUACAUAAAAAUGGUGAGCGAUAAGAAGGAUUUGGAGGUGAAGAUAGGCAGUGUUGACCCCAGGGAGAUUAAAAGAGGAAGCAGGAAAUACUACAGGUAUAUAGGAUCUCUCACUACUCCUCCAUGCACUGAAGGUGUUGUUUGGACCAUCAUUAGAAAGGUGAGGACAGUAUCAGUGGAACAGUUAAGAUUGCUGAAAGAAGCUGUAGAAGAUGGAUUUGAGAAGAAUGCGAGACCCUCGCAGGCCAUAAAGGAUAGGACAGUUCAACUGUAUCAACCUAUAAAUCCGUAUUAGAAGAUGCAAUAUUCAUAUAAGUUUUGCAUGUAUUAAUUCUAAUAAAUUGGAACAUUUGAAUUUUUAAUGAAGGAUUUGAGUCUUCGUAUCA